AUGGCCUCGCGGCCCAAUUUCCAUCAACCCGACUCACACAUCUAUCCGUCUAACUUUAGCAUGCCUCCGGCUUCGGGCUUGCUCCGUCCGCCCUCCUCAUAUGGAUACGCUUUGACUUUUGACGGAUUUUCUCCAGCGUCCACGCAAUUCGAACUCCAUCAUUCCCCAUCCAUUCGAUCCGCCGAUGAAGAAUUGCCAAAUGAUGUCGUCCCACUACCGCCACCAGCCCAAGUGGGCCUGCCUCACAUUCCUAGUCGUUCCGUACUGCCUGUCGCUCCACACAUAUUCACCUGCGACAUCUCGUUUGUUGUGUACUGCUCGAGGAAAAACAAGCAGAAUCAACCAGUUUGGAAGUCUAUACGAUCACCUAAAGAAGGUCAUUGGAUCACCUUUGACACCCGCACGAUCACCUACGAUUUGUUCCAUCGAUUGGUCGCGGCGAAGUGCGCCGAGAAUUACGACAAGCUGCCGAGCUUGCUUCACAAGGGGACAACCGCUAUCCCCCCUUAUAUCCAUUGGAGCGGUUACAUUAUUCGUAACAAACAAUGGCCGAAGGGUCGACCCAAACCUAUCUCCACUCGCUCCGACUUUGCCGCCUGGAUAGAUGCGAUUACCAAUGCAAGGACCCCUGCCACCGAAGGGGGGAUUUCCAUCAAGAUGGCGGACCCGGCGGUGAAGAUCGCGUUGGCUGCAAAUAAUGAUUUGCUUGCGGAAUCGGUCAGGCGUAGCGAGGCUCGGGAGGCGACUAUGGCGGCACGACAAUCUCAAGGAAGUUCGUUGGGUUUGCACCCUUUGGAUCCUAUGGAGAACGAUUCUGAUGGAGAUUCUUGCAAUGAAGAUUUCAAGGCGCGAACAAUUAUCAAAGAGGAUCUCUUCAAUAAAUACAAGCGGAACACAGGCGUGGUCUCUUCUCACCCAAUCUACCCGGAUCCAACCGACGUCAAUAGAUACAUAAUUCUAACGCCGGGCAAUGUGGCUCUAUGGGCCAAAGCGAUUCAUCUGAAGGAGCCAGGAGUUAGUCUCUUAUCUCCACCUGUGACGCUCAAAUAUUAUAACCGCAAAACAAAGAAAUCAUCGCCGCUGGACGCUUCCCCUGGCGCGCCGGGCCCACGGUUGGGCUCAUCUGAUCUGGUGGCAAGCUUGGUUGAAGCCUGCCGGGUUCUGCCUACCGAGAAGACGUUGGCGAUUCUGGCGGGCGAAGAUAUUGACAGCUACCAAAUGUUUGCGGACGGAUACAUGUCGAAUGAAGAUUUGAAGGGCUUGGGACUUACUAAGGGGACUCUGGCGAAGCUCCGCAACAAUGUUGGACCGUACUGA